AUGCUUGGAGAUUUAUCAAAUCCAGAAUUACGAAUACUCACAGAUCAUUUGGACAUGAUCAAAUAUAGUGGUGAGGAAGUUCCUGUGAAACGAUUGUCAGUCGCCGAUCUGUUGCCCGCCACCCAUUACUACAUGACGUAUGACGGCUCUACCACAGUUCCCGCGUGUCACGAAACCGUUACCUGGUUAAUACUAAACAAACCAAUCUACAUCACUAAACAACAAUUGUACAGUCUGAGGGGCCUGAUGCAGGGCAGCAAGAAGAACCAAGGUAUGGCGCCGCUGGGCAACAAUUUCCGACCACCUCAACCGCUGCACAAUCGGCUGGUGCGCACCAAUAUCGAUUUCAACCUGAGAAAGGACGAUGAGAAAUACUGCCCGAGCAUGCACAAAGACGUAUACUACAAGGCCAACGACUGGAAACCACACUAA